AUGAGCAAUCUACAGGCCCGCAAAAUCGGCACCUGGACGCAAUCCGGCUCGAUGAAGGACCUCGCGGCGUUUUACGCCUUAGUCAUCAAACACCGCUGGAAGAAGGGCGUUCGCUUCGAUGUUAACAGAGUCACACUGACAGCGGGGGUAAGGAAGGCGGCGUUCCAUGCCCCGUAUCCGUCACUUCUGCCUGGCCACGAAACAUACACGGAAGGCAAGGCUCUCGUGUUCGGUCUCGUCAAAAUCCGCCUGUUGUAUCUCGUCUGGCGCGACCGCGGCGUCCCCAUCCCUCUAGUUCCUGCGCCCCAAUCCCGAGAUCGUGAGUUUCGCCUGCAUCUGACGUACUCGAAACGACCACAGUCGCGGUCGCUCAAGCUCGCCAUCUUCGAGCGGUUGAAAGACGAGGGUCAGAAUCGGAUCUUUGAAGACUGGAGGCGCUUCGUUGAAUGGGUGUCCGACCCCGAGCUGUGCAUCAUCAUCGAGGGGGACAUCGAGAUCUGCCUGGUUCUCUUCAUCCACAAGGGCGACCUCAUCACCACCGACCCGAGCAGCCGGUACCCGAUGUGCCAGACUUGCAUCGAGGAGCGCGUCUCUGAGAAAGGAGGCACCUACGUCCGCCUACGCAGGGACCUGUCGCUUUCUCCGGCUCAGAUCAAGUGCGUUCUCGAGCACCUCGAGGCCCGAUAUGCUCGUGACGAGGUGGCCAAGCGCGAGCAUCUGCAUCGGAUCUCUGGCGGUCUCUCAUCGCGCCCUCGUUCGCUCUCGUCCGGCUCCCUCGAGCUGGUCGUCGGACUCGAAUAG